AUGGUUUCCUACAAUUCAAUAAUCCUAGUUCUUGGCUUGCACUUCCUUGCUUCUAAGGGUUUUGAAAUGUUUGAGGAGAUACUACAGAAAGGAUUUAAGCCAGAUCAGGCUACUUUCUCAGUUAACCUUUCUGCCGUGGAUAAUUUCAACAAUUCGUGCUCAAUCUCUUGUUUCCAUAUUGUCAUGAACAAUGAUAACAGUGACGACAACAACAAAAACAAAAACAUUGAUGAUAAUGACGAUAUAACAAACAACUCUUUUGCUAACAUUACUUUUAUGGAGACGGAGUUCUGCAAAAGAGCUGUAAUGCGAGUCUUAGAUGUAAUAACUUAG